UUCCAGUUAUAGCGAUCUUUGAAUGGCUAAUGUUGCUGACGUUAGAAGCAAGGGCUGUUCUGGGCAUCUGCCACAUGGAGUUCGACAGCCUGGCGAGCAAGUCUGGCAACUUCUCGUCGCCUCAGUACCCAGAGCCGUACCCGGCCAGCAUCCACUGUUACUACCUCUUCAAGGGACAGGAGUCCGAAACGCUCAAAAUAACAUUUCUACACUUCGACCUCGAACCGCCGUUUUCCAAAGGGUGCCUCAACGACUUCGUGGACAUCAGCACCAUAAGCGUGACCAACGUGCGGCAGCUGGUCGGGCGGUACUGCGGUGUCGAGGUUCCCGUGCCUCUUCUCACCAUGAAGCCGCGAAUGGAGAUCAUCUUCAAGACGAACCACGCCCACGAGCGCACUGGAUUCUUCGGCAUGUACCAGUUCACGGACGAGAGUUUCAUUCACCCGCCUCAAUCCACGCGAAACGUGACCGGUUGUGGCGGCACGCUGACUGGCGUGGGCGGUGACCUGGUGUCUCCGGGUUACCCGGAGACCUUCCCCAAGGACGUCGACUGCAACUGGCUCAUACGUGUCGACUAUGACAAGCACAUUUAUAUCCGCGUCCUAGAGCUCCAGCUAAAGGGCAGCAUUGCGAACUGUGGCGAAGCGGAGCUUGCCAUUUUCGACGGUUACUCGAACUUGAAGGUGAAUCCUGUGCAGCUCAAACGCUAUUGCGGCGAUCUCAAGUACUACAAGAACACUGAUGAGAAAACUGAGCUGUCCAAGAGGAACAGAAUUCUUGUCAGAUUACGAACAACCGUGGCUUCUCCUAUCAAGCAGCCGGGCCAGAUAAUUGGCUUCAAGCUUGUGUGGACGGCCGUAACGUUUCAACCAAAAGACGUCUGUAAGGAGUACACCUGUCCCAAGAGCCAGUACUGCAUGAACUCGGAAUCUCGGAGUUGUACCGAAACGAGAGAGUACUGCAUCGAUAGAUCUUUAGUAUGCGAUGGACUGCCCAACUGUAGCGGCGAAGACUUCAGCGAUGAAGAUAAGUGCAACCUACCGCUGCUGGCUGGUUGCGGGGCCGGCGCCGGCGUGGUCCUUCUGUGCGUGGUGAUCACGGUGAUCCUGUGCCGGCGCCAUUCUCGGCGAGCGGGCCAGGCGUCACGGAGCCUGUCACUGCCGCUUCGCGAGCUCGAACACAGCCCUACGUGCGCCGCGCGGCAGACACCGUUCCUGCCCGAGCUCAACUGCAGCGUGCACCGGCCGCAGCACCUUCCCGGACCCGUACCGCCGGCGAGGCCACCACCAUUCGCCAAGCCCCGGCGAUCGCCCACCGACGUCUAGAAAUGUUCGCUGGUGGACAACUAUACCAACGCUACUGCGUCUUCUGAAUGUCUGCCCGCUUCUAGCAACAACUUUGUUCAGUGUUAGUUACGACCUAUUUCGCGAUGUAGUUUCGCGCCGGCGAGACCACCACCGUUCGCCAAGCCCCGGCAAUCGCCCACCGACGUCUAGAAAUGUUCGCUGGUGGACAACUAUACCAACGCUACUGCGUCUUCUGAAUGUCUGCCCGCUUCUAGCAACAACUUUGAGCAGUGUUAGUUACGACAUAGUUCGCGAUGUAGUUUCGCGCCGGCGUCGUGAACUAGUAACGUGUCCACUACGGCGUGGAGGAGUGCGCACGCGCUACAUCUUCUGGCAACGUGCGGAAGCCGGAAAGUCGGCGUUUGCUGCUCCGAUGGUUGUUUUCGAUAUCGCCGGCGGACCACGCACGUGCUCCCCUUGGCACUUGCGCUAUCAGUGACUCUGAUUGUGGCGUGCCUGUCGAUAUAACGACACGCCACUUGACCUGUCGUAUAAGGUGCAUAUCUUUGUCGCCGGUGAACCGAACGCCUGUCCAGCGUGCGAAGAGCGACGGCGUAUUGUUGGAAUCGUGUAGUGGCAAUAUUACGUCGAGAUGUGGUGGUCUAGUGGCUUUGAAAUCUGUGAAAACUACCGCCGGCAAUCGCAUUUUUCGAACACGCAGAUAGUAUAAUAUGGCCGCACAAGACCAAUGAUUAUUACGAAGAGAUGGUCUCGCGCUUAUGAUAUAGGGCAAGUACAAUGUCUACAAUGCACAUUAGCGAAUAGGGGCACAUCACGCUAUCGUGAAUCUCCGUAGGGCAAACCAACGGCUGAUACUAAGGUUGUACAUAUCGCACGUUGUGUUAACUCAUUAAAAGGGUACGGGCUACUCGUAUAUGUUCUAGGUCUGGGGAGGUUGUUCUAGGUCUGACAUCACGUAAUUUGCGAAAUAGCCGUGGCUCAUUAGGGAUACGCUUGUGGUAACAAAACAAUUGUAACGCGCCAUUUGCUGGAGCUGCAACAGCUUACUAACGCUCUCGCUUUUUUUUAGCUGCAAUAUACUUAUUUGUGCUCAAGUGCCAAAGUUACUAGUCUCUAAAUUUUAUAAUAAGGAGUGCAGAAAAGUCGAAACAGGUUUUGAUAAGUUGGCUUGCAAUAAGAGUGCACAACGAGCCACACCAGUAUAUAUAAAGCAAAAGAAAUGCGACUUAAAAAGAACAUGAGUUUCAUGCUAAACAAGCCUCCUUUCUUCUAAAGCAGAGCCGAUGUCCCCCUACUAGUGUAUGUCUGUGCAUGUGACGUGUCACCAGAGACAGCGGGUAUGAAGCCGAAAGCGCCAGCUGUGCUUUGUGACAAGCCGCUGUAUACUUUGAAAACUAAUUUUGUCCCUCAAAAGACUCGGCCAGAAACACCACCACACUGUACCAUAGUCUAUAGCUGAAAAACGGCCGAUCAUUUGUUAUCACCGUACAUUAAAUAUGUGACGGGAUAACUGCCGCGGUAGCUCUGCCUAGCGCCUCUAGAUAAAAAAGUGUGCGCCUCUAGAUACUCUGACAUGCUCAUCAUGCCUGUUGUGAUCACCGAACACUGCUUUUUGCAUGCAAGCAGCGUAGCAGCAUAGGUUACUUUAAUAAUACGGAACAAUAAGUUGCAAAACGUAUGUCAUACUAUGAAGAUGCAAGCGUAAGAGAGGGUGUCGUUAUAUUUGCAUCGUACACUGCCGAAUUUUUAAUCCUUCGGGACGUUUAAGAUUGAGUUAGCUGUUUUUAGACAUAUCUCAGUAACCACCAUGACCUUGCUGUGUAGGUGUGUACACGAUGCCGCUUAUAAUUGGGCAAGCUCUAGCGAUAUAUGAAAGGAAAAAACGGCCGAUAAUUGGGAGGCUCUGAUCCUGUCAAUUCGAAUCACCGUGACCCUGUGCAAUAUUGUAGGAGCGCGAAUGCUGUUGUCCUCCAGUCGCAAAUAUCAAAACUACCUAACCAGUGACUGAAAAUGCAUUCUCCUGUAAUUGGCAGCCAGCAUAUUAUCACGAAAGGAGGGCACUCUUUAGCUACCGGGAAUACUGACCUGUGUAUGAAUUUGCUGGAACUCCGAACAUUGCUGACGUCUGGCCAGAAUUGGACAGAAACAUAGCCUAUAUACUAUUCUCACUUAGAAAACUUAGAAAAACACUAUUCCGAACGUAGAAGCAAAUGAGUAAACGACACUUUUAUAUUUUUUGCACGCAAUAUUACUGCACCGCGUUGCAGGUUUUUCAAAAGAUAGGGAAGUUAUCGAGCGAGUCCACGAGCGCCACGUGAAAUACAGGCAAGUGUUCUCAAGCCCAAGGUAUACCUAAUGGUGGAUACCACUGUUUUAAGGUGGUUCUUUUGAAUACAGCGAAAUUUCGGAUAGCUGAUCAGAUACAAGCCGUCACAGGUAGUUCUGAGUGACGUAUGGCGCGAAACGAGUGGGCAUUAUAAAAGAACCACAGGGAGACGUUGUUGCAAGAGGUUGUCUGUCUUGUAAGACAAGCACACAAACUCAUGUUCAAGUUCCAGUACUGCUCAGGCUGUUCAAGUGGCUGAGCGCCAUCGAGCUGCAUCAGCUACAUUCUGGUGCACGAGACGGAAUAAAAAAGUAGAGUUAAUAAUAGGAACUGAGUAACGCUGCGACGCAGUGUGAAUUUCGCGUAAACGUUAGCUCACCUACGUUUCAUUCUACGACUGACGCGAAGUACGGGAAUCCGGUACGCAACAAGAUUUGUAGGACGCUGGAGGCAACAACUCAAGGAAACUAUGCUCUCACGGACGCGCGCUUUUCCUCAAAUAUUUCGUGAAUUUCCUCUCCUAAGUGGUGGCUAUUGAGCAGCUUCUCGUUGUAUUCCCUCGAUUUUAAGGCGAGUUUGUCGAUGUUCACUCAGCUGCCGCCCAGAACUGUCGGAACAAGAUUUAUGUCUACAGUGUGUCCGGAAACAGCGAUUUCAGAAUUGUGGCAUGAAGAAAGGGCGAAUAACACUUUGUAGUGCGAACUGUCUAGGAUGCUGGAGGCCAAAGUUGGAACAACAAAAAAGAAGCGCGCGCUAUUAUACAUAGAUGUAUAGAUAUAACAUAUAUGCAUGGACAAACAGCUAGCUGCUGGGCUGCAGCUCCAACGCAGUAGUCCAGCUUCAUCAAAGCACCGUGUGGUACAAUGAUGCUUGCUGAUUGCUUUUCUAGCGUACUGAACGCCAGAUGAGUUUUGUUCUUUGUGAUCUCUGAAGGACACGAUCAUUUUGUUGUGCUGUUUCACCAGGAGAUUUAAAUGUUGUGUACCCAAUCUGUUCUCAUAUGUACUGUACACUUUCAUGCAGUUGGCUAGAAACGAUCCUUUGAAAUGGUUGAACGGAAUUGUUUGCCGCCUCUGCGACGCGAGCAUACCUCUGCGAUAUGUGGCAUGAAGGCACGAACUGGUGCGAGAUGCUGUCGAUGUUUGAUUUAAGCAAGUUCAUGUGGUUAAGCAAUGUGAACGGUUUAUCCCGCAAUUGACACAUUGAGAUGGCUGGUAUGAUUUCUAGUUGAUAUUAGAGGUUUUUCGGUUCUUAGUCCUCUGCCAUUUUGCUUAAAAUGCUGUGUAUUCGGUAGUGGCACCGGUUUUCUGUUAGAGAUCAUGGGAUACAUGACCAUUCGUUUUAUAAAGUUUGCUAGUUCUAGCAGCGUAAUGUAGCAUGUAAUCUCCUGAAAGGAAAAUACGUUAAUUUAGGAGAAUCCGUGGUGAACUUGGUUUCUCGCUGGACGCCGUGGAUAGCCCUGUGGUUUAACGCAAUACGCGACACACUGCGGCUUAACGGUUGCCACAGUGAACUGCAUUGUAGAAUCGCACACCGUGGCAAGCGCUUGUGAUUCCAAGACAGCUACAGCGAUGCACGUAACAACGGUGCAAAAUAAGGCUAAGUCGCUUCGCAAUGAGUGCGCAGAAGCAAGCACGUGGCUUUGUUCGCUGCCACCGCUGCACAGUGCCCCUCAUAUAAAAUGGGUGCGUAAGCGUAAUAUCUAGAACGGCGCUUAUAGAAAUAAGAAAUACUGUAAUUAGCGUUAUGACCAUAUUUACGCAAAAUUGUGCGUAUAUAUAUAAUGGUAUGUUCUGGAAUGUUUUCACCAUUUUAAUUGUAGGCGCUGCACUGAUGUAUGUGAAACAAUUUCUUCGAAUCACUGCGAAAAUUUGGUAGGUACACUAUUACAGCUUUUUAUUUGAAAAAAGUACCUCUUGCUCAUCAUUCAGCGCAAUAAGCAAUGGAGUGGCUUGUUAUAGUGUUUCUAAUGGUUACGCAGGCCAAUCAAAUCAGCUGCGAAUUUCGACGAGGGAAGAAUCAACAGAAUAAUUUCUUCACCCUAGAUGCCCUCUUCUUCUUAUUUUUUUAAUUAUUUACAAAUACUGCAGGACCUGUCCGGGCCCAAGUAGGAGUGGGUGACAAUUGUCAGUGACAAAAUCAGAAUAUAAAAAUAUAACAAAAUACAAUACAAGAUAUGAAAUUAAGAAAAUUAAGAAUAUAAGUACUGACAAACUACCAUGCACUCGGCGCUUAUUUAAAAAGAUCGAAUGCCGUAACAAUUUGUUUACCGAGACCUUUCAAUCAGAGCUAUAGUCAGCUCAGCUUUUCUUAUGGUGGCUUUUUUUUCCACGACUAUUGUUUACGUUCAUCGCUUGCGUUACACUGAAAGCGUUUAAAACCCACUGAAAAUUUCUGUCAUUGUAAUGAAAAAUAGCGAUAAUACUUCUCCUUCCAAUAUUUUACCGUUUAUAGCGUUUGAGGCAAAAAGAGAGGUUAGGCAACGCCUGUAUACAGUAAAUAUGAAUUUGCUUGCUCUUACAAGGAUGGUCCUGAAGUUUCGCCUAGCCUCACACGAAGCUAAUAAACCGGUGAGAAAGCAUACAGGAUCUCAUAAUAGUCGAUCGAUCGUUUAAACCUUCGCGUAAUAAGUACACGAAGUUAGAGUUAUAUCAUCAUGCUUGCUCAUAGUUGAGUUUUGCGCGUACAGCAUUAGUGAGUAAUAAAAAACAGUAUACAUUAGGCAUGUUGUUAUGUAAUGAGGCAUUGCUGUGCGGUAAAUUUAGUUUGUGGGAGGAAUAUUUUAUUUUGAUGAUGGAGUGUAAAUACCCCACCUCGUAACAAAAAAUGAGUGACUGCGAUUGGUUGAUCGCACAAGUAUAUGGUGUAAUAUUCACGUACUGCACACAUUUUAAAUAGCAUGUCAUAGGUAAUAUAGAUAAAGUAAAUAUUACCUAGAUUUUAAUUGAACAUCGCGAGUAGCUUUUUCAUUGCCAGCACUGACCGUUGAAAGAUGUUCGUUUGGGCCACUAGCUUAAUCGUGACCAAAUUUCGAAACGAAUGUAGGUACGUUUAGAGGACAAUGGUGUACAAACUGGCUCCACAAAUAGGUUAUUGUGUUUCACUGAGCUGCCCCUUCUGUUUUUGUCGUGCGGCUGGUUGUAUAUAUGGUCAGUCAUUGCUCGCAGUAUGAGCUCUCAAGAGUGUGUAAUCGUUGCGAACAGCCUCCACGCGACUGCCUAGAAAGCGGGAAUGGUGCGCACGCGUUUGUACCUUUUGACAAAAACACAAUUAAUUUUAACAGUUCCGUUCAGAUACGGCCAAAGUGUUGAAUGAUCGUAUCUCAACAACGAAAGUCACCUUUCAUUUUUAUGCCCUUUAGAGCGAAUAUCAUAAACUGGAAAAUAGCCAGGUUGCUGGGGGAUUCACUACCCCUUGCUGACCGAAAGAUGAAAAUGAUAAUAAAUAAUACAGGAAUAGUAAAAGAAGAUUACAGAACCAUCAGAGAGAGCAGAACACACACAUGCUUAAAUGUGGAUUACUCCUCACAGGCAGUGCUGUGAAGCGAAUGAAAAAUCUCAGCAAUCGGUGAGGUCACUUUUACAUUGUCAACAGCGCAUUCCUCUACUCGACAAAUACCGGCAUUGCACUCAGUGUAUCCAGAAUAUGCACAUAAUUUUGAUCAUAUAUAGUGGGUGCAGAUCGUUUAGAGGCACAUUGAUGGUGCCUAUUAUGACCUUAAUUCUGUACAAUAUAAGUUUGCUUAGAUUAUAAUAUGCAUCACUGCAGGCAGACAGUUAAAUUGACCGAAGAAGCACAAAGGCAUGCUUGCUUGGUAGUGAAUUAUAAAGCAUUUGAGGAGUUCUCUCUCAAUCAAGUAUGCUAGUCAACACAAACACACACCGCGGCGAACCGUUUCCGAUGUCAAGACAGUCGUGUAGGGGUUACACCACUGCGGUUGCUUUGUGUCGAAAAUAGUUAAUAUUCAAAUGUUCGUAUCAUGGAGAGAAAAAUAAUUCACUUCUACUAUAAUGCGCACUCAACAAGCACAGCACUGAACGAUUAUAUGUGUGCCAUUUAGAUUGUGUCAAAGCGGAGAAGCCUUUUCUAGGAAGGAGAUUACGAACAUGUCAGCACACCUUAUGGCUCGUUUUGGGUUGUUGUAAAGUAAGGUCUUCAAGUGACAGUCCGUUCUGCUUACCUAUUUUAAAGAAGGCGUGGCCAUGCAUUACAGAGGAAGCGUUUAUCGAAGAAAAAGGGGUGUUCUAAACUUAGGUCCAAGUGAAAAGUUGUGUAGCACUCACAAGCUUUGACGUAUGUGCACUCCUUGUGUUGUCCCCAAAUGAACUCUUAAAAGUUAUGCACAGUUCCUCGGUAUGCUUCUACACUGUUGUGCUGCCAAAAAAAAAAAGAGUGUCUGCGUAUCGUCGUAUAGAUCACUUGCAUAUGAUGACGUCAGCGCGGUGUUUCAGCAUCGCACAUAGCUUCCCCCAGCACUUUCAGAGAUGUGCACGGUACAUAAAGUCAUUGCAUUAUUACCAAGUUGCGGUGCUUCAACAAGGCGCUCGUCACGGCAUAACCACAAGUUCAUCUUUCUUUCCUUGAUGUAGUUUGUGCUGUGGAACAAAAUGCUAGGACUGUGCAAUUGUCUCGUCAUGAAUAGCAUGGACUUCUUGCAUCGUAGGGAAACUCUCGUUUGUUGCAAGUCUUAGUUUUGAAAUAGCAUUUGCCAGAAACCAAAGCACAGAGACUUUUAAGCCUGUUUAUAUAUAUACACACGUCUGUUCGAGUGCGUAGGAUUAUCAUUAAAGUCGGGAGCAAACCGAUUUCCGACAAAUAUUACCGCGAGGGGAGCAGAACGCGCUCAGAUGUUAGCCAAUGUCCCAAAUGUAUAGCCGACAUUGUUGUGGAAAACGUGUUUUAAAAGAUUACAUUGUGACUGCUCAUUGCACAGUUUAUCUUGUUUCACCCGUUGUGUAAAUCAAAAUUGUUCUGUGUUUGGCUGAUGCGAAGUUUGUUAAACGCUGUGCCAAAACAUCUGUUCCUAAACACAAACACUAGAAUGGUUCCGAAACUCUUCUUAUAAUUUUUGCGCAAUGGGAAAACGAAAAAAAAAAUAUUCAACGUUUACAAAAGCUCAUAUGGUGUUUACCUGAUGUCGUCUGUCGGUUUGAUACAAUUCGUAAGAGAUGCGCAGCGUUUGUAAGGCGCAAAUUAAACGAAACUUGAACAGAUCUGUUGGCAGAUACGUUAAAGAAUAAAGUCAAAUAUUCACUCUUUUUCGC